AUGGACUAUAGACCGGACGUCAUCGCCUCGAUUGCCGUUACCUUACCACUGGCCGUGCUGGUUCUUGUGCUGAGACUGGCGGCGAGACGUAUGACGAGGGUGGGUUAUGGCAUUGACGAUUGGUUGGCGGUUUUUGCUUUUAUUGGAGCCCUUGGAUAUUCGAUAGAAAGCCUCGUCUAUCUCGACUAUGGACUUGGUAUACCGCUUAAAGAUGGCCCGUCGCACCUCACCGAAGACGAACGACUCGAACGAUCAUACAUAUUCACCUUCAUCUCCAGUUUGACUUACACGAUAGCCUGCGGCUUCGCAAAGCUCGCCAUCUUGACAUUUUAUUGGCGCCUCUUCAAAUACUCCCAUUCCCGAAUCGCGAUACAAGUCGUUCUGGUCCUCUGCAUAGCCUGGUUCAUCGUCCGAAUGUUCCUCUUGACAAUGCAAUGUCAACCUACUUCCGCCUACUGGGACAUCGAUCGCCGAGAUACCCAUUGCAAUGUUCCUAGUUCGACAUACUUUUUCUCGACCGGGUUGACGCAUUUAAUCUUGGACAUUAUCAUUCUUCUGCUUCCACUGGUGGAAGUGUAUAGGAUGCAUUUACCUAUCGGCCAGAAGAUUGCCGUGAUGGCGUUAUUUGGCUUUGGUGCUCUUGUUGUCAUUUUGUCUGUAUUUGUUAUCUAUGAUGCGUUCAACUUUGAUGGCAGUUCAAGAGAAAUCGCCUUGAAAAUGGGAUAUCACAGCGCUCUAGCCGCAGCUGAAACCAACCUCGCUAAUGUCACGAUCUCAUUACCGAUGCUACGCCCCAUCUUCCGCACAAUAAUACCUUCAUCAUUCCUCUCCUCUCACCGAAGCAAGCGCGCAGUCCUAGACUCAGUACUAGCAAAUGAAUACGGCAUGAAAGGUAGCCGCGAGACAAAGGUUUCCAACCAAAACGCCUCAAGUUCGAUUUGCGAAUUCGCGGUGCAGGAUGAUGUACCUGCCGGUUACGAUCUUGAAGCUUCACAUCCAGGAUGGGGCUGGGGAACGGAGAUAACGAUUUCUAGCCCUUGGAGACACCGGACGCCGCCGCCUACAGUUAACGAGGGGUUGAGUGGGAUACAGAUUUCGGAGGAGACGACAGUUCAUGUACAAAGACUAGGUGAACCGGUGGAAGAUAUGCCUAGCUUGGAGGAAAUGGAAACUCCAAAGUAA